GUGCGAGCUGUUUGUAAACAAACUUUUAUCGCUGUCGACCACUGGCCCAUCGAUCCUGGGCUGAACCCGCACCCGCUGUUGCUACGAAAGAACAUUCGAACGGUAAAAUCGCCCGCGCGCGCACGUUUAAACGGCGGAUCGAGCGAAACGCGAAAGUUCUGCGUGCUAUCAGUUAUCAAGCUUUAUCGUGACGUUUUUCCCGCCUUCCAGCUUUAUUGGGAAGAGAGUUGAAAAUACGCACAGUUCUACUGUUCUAUCAGAUUUUAAACAAUCACCAAACCUAAAAUGAACACUUUGCUCAUACUGUCCGCACUUGUGACGGUGAUCGCCGCCCAGCAAGACUACACUACACCGGUCCCGAUCCUGAAGCAGAUCAAUCGACACAACGAGGAUGGCAGCUACAGCUACGGCUACGAAGCUGCUGAUGGUUCCUUCAAAAUCGAAACCAAAUAUCCGACCGGCGAGGUGCAGGGCAAGUACGGGUACGUCGAUGAUGCCGGCAAACUGCGUGAAAUAGAGUACGGUGCUAGUAAACGAGGAUUCGAACCAGCAGGUACCGACAUCAACGUGCCCCCUCCAACGUUGAACAACAACAAUCACGCCUACCCGCCACUAGGUCCCGAUGAGGAAGACGACGGCCAGUACCGGGAGGACCCUAGCAUCUACUACAAGGACUCGCGGUACAACUCGAAACCAUCGGCACCAGCCUACCAGCCACGUCCGGCUCCCGUCCAGUACAAUCCGGCUCCUCAACAGUAUUAUCAGAACAAUGUGACACCUGCUCCUGCGUACCAGCAGCCACAGCACCGUUAUCAGCCACAGCAGCAGCCACAGCCACAGCCAUACUAUCAGCCACAGCAGCGGUCGUCCCAAUACUGGCAUCCGAACGCACAAGUGGACAUCAACACCGGAUCGUAUUCGCUUAGCUACACCGGUUAAGCUGAGCGCUUAAGGUCCUGUGCUUGCAUGUGUGUGUGCUCCUAAGUCAUCUCUACUGCUGCCUUAAAUGCCAAUAUAUAAUUUUGAUGUUGUUGAUUGCUUCGAAAGGAGACGAAAGUCCCCAUCUCGGGGAGCGGGAUUUGGUUUAAGGCUCAGCAAUUAAACAGUCAUGUACUUUUUAGCGUUAGGUUUGUUCCGAAAAUAGUUUCGUCUGCUGUCGAGACGAUUUGUCCGUGUACGUCCGUUUGAGGUUACAAUAAAUCUCUUCUUUUUUA